UGUCCUCUAUGUACAUAAUAUACACGGACCUCGCUCCCGAACAUAGAGCAGCAGCUAAUGCGGGUUCUCGUAUAACCAGCAAAGUCCGCAGUCUUCAAUUUUCGUCUAGUCGUCGAUCCGCGUGCAUCAUCGAUUGAUCCGGCUGCCCCGCAUGCGCGACUCACCCCGCGGAAGCAACAGGUUCAUUUGCGCCGGGGCGCAAACGCGAUCGCAGCCGCGCUCUCUCGCGCAUAAACGCAACAAGUGACCGUUCUCACAGCGCGGACGCCGCGAAGAAUUGAUCGUCUCCGGGCCGAAGGGGUGUCGUACGGCGCGCGACGAAGGAAGUGAGUGAACAGGACGCGAGUGUGCGGGUCACCAGAGCGAGAGGAGUCAGGUUACACGGGAUGAAGAGGAGGAGGAGCGACGACGACGUGAAGCCAGCUACCAAGUACCGGCAUCGGGAAUACAUGUUGCUCGACUAUGUCGAGGGGACUGCGGAGCCGACGUCGCAAACUGCCAGAGAGGCGGUCAUCAAGCAAGAAGAGGGGGAGGCGACGACGGCAGCGACAGUGGCCGCAGUAACGAUAAAAAGCGAGGACGUCAUCGAGCACGAAGUCAACCAGCGGCAAGAGCAGCAGCAACAGCAGCAACAACGGCAAGUGGCGUACGUGUCGAGCGAAGAGGUCGGGAAGGAGAGUGUGGGCGUGCUGAAGGCGGGACAGCCGGAAAUGGAAAAUGGCGCCAUAGUAGAGUCGGCCGGUGCUGAAGCAGUUGCUAUUGCGGUUGCCACUGCCGGUGAUCAUGCCGGGGACCCUAGCGCCACCUACACUCUUCAUCAGCUGGGCUACCAUGCUGCAAACAUCAUUCGAAGUGGCUACCUCGCAGAAGGCUCACCCCGUUACGAGGGUGGCGGCAUAAGGGAGGAACAGCAACAGGCCUCUCAGUUAUCCCACCCGUCGCACCACCACCACCGCCAACAACAGCAGCAGCAGCCGCUGGCGCCGCCGUCGCAGCACCCGCAGCACCAACAGCAACAGUACGUCCAGCUCGCGGCAAGAGAGGUCCCGGUUCCCGAGGGAGGGGAUAACCGGCACUCGACAGAGGCCUCCGUCGUAACGGAGGGAAGCAGCGCCGGCAGUCACAUGCCUCACUCCACGAUGCAUCGCUACAGUACCGAGACGCUCUCACCGACCACGACCGAUCAUCAUCAGCACCAUCAUCAACAGCAACAGCAGCAGCAUCACCACUUGUCCGAAGUGCAUCAGCACGGCGCGUUGUCGGCCCAUCGUCACUUGGACGAUCAGCAGCAGCAGCAACAGCAUCAUCAUGAGAUAGAGACGGACGAGGACGUGGAACGUGGAGUAAGCGGCAUCACCGCUGCUAUGAGAACCCGGAGCGAUUAUCUCGGUGUCCUCUUCCCCAUCAAUUCGUCAAAUACCGCGGGAUCCGGCAAUGGGCCCAGCAAUCAUCACCAUCACUCUCACCACUUGGACGACGUGCUGUCGGAGGAUUCUUACUUACAGCAUCAUAUUCGCGUCGGCGCUACCACGACUGGCGGCGCCGGCGGCGGCGGCGGCGGCGGCGGCGGCGGUGGUGGUGGUGGUGGUGGUUCUCCGUCGGUGAGAACAGGCGGUUCACCGACUCCGAGUCACAGUCCACACGAUGAUCAGGUGAUAUCAUCGCCGCAUCGCCAAGUCCAGGAAGCCGGCUACAGCCCGAAUGAUCAGGGCAGGUUGCAAUCCUUCACUCAUCUGACGGCCAUGCAACCGUCGUCGGUGCAGUCGAAUCACGGACUGCAGGAGUCCGAGCGUGUGGCCGAUCAGCUGUACAUGGACACGCUCUACACGCACCACGCGACCAGCACCCCGCAUCACCAUCAGGAGCACGACCAGGGCCCCUCCACGCCGCACUCGCCGAGCGGUCCGCUCUCCAGACGAGGCAAGUCAAGUCCUCGACGGACAACGACAGAGGAAGAAGAGGCACGAGGGGCGAAGAGGUGUAGUAGAAUAGAAGAGUUAUCGAGACAUCAACUUGCGCCUGUCAAGAUGCACUCGUCUUUGUAUCGGUCAAUGGGCGGCGUGAGCGGCAUGGGCAGCGGCCCAGGAACCGGAGGGAGUUACACCCUCCCCUACAUGACGAGCAGCCCCACGGAAUUGGCCUCGUCUCCACAGCUUUGGAACACUCAAGGUCUGAGUCCUGGCUUGCCUAUGUCGGAGGAUUACGGCAAUAGCAAGUCCUCGACCACGGUGCCCCAUCAAUCAUUACCGGCUUUCUCGCAGCCCUUUGGCACUCGGGCGAACUUUCGUUAUAGUCCGUCGUACUCGAGCCAGCAGACAGGAGGGACUCCCGGCGGUGCUACCGACGCCACUUGGACAUACGCGUCUCCUACGAACGAUCAGCUGACGCAGUAUGGCACUCCGUCGAGACGGCAGACCGUUAACCCUGCGACCACGCCGACGCAGCAUCAGCUCAGCACAGGCACCGCAGGCUUAACUACACUGCACAACAUCGAGGCGGAGUACUAUACGGAGGGCCGUGAGUGCGUGAACUGCGGUGCGAUUUCCACACCUCUAUGGCGUAGGGACGGCACAGGGCAUUACCUCUGCAACGCGUGCGGGCUCUACCACAAGAUGAAUGGAAUGAAUCGGCCUCUGGUCAAGCAACCACGCCGUCUGUCUGCUACUAGACGCAUGGGUCUCGCUUGCAGCAAUUGCGAGACCACUAUGACGUCACUAUGGCGUCGCAACACAAUGGGCGAACCGGUUUGCAACGCUUGUGGUCUUUAUUAUAAGCUGCAUGGUGUUAACAGACCGUCCACCAUGAAAAAGGACAGCAUUCAGACGCGAAAGCGAAAGCCCAAGGGCAGUAACAUGAAAACAUCCGACACGCCUCUUUCCACCAAUGUCGCACAAUGCACGAACAAUAACAACAACAACAACAAUAAUAACGUGAAAAUCGAACCAGAUACAUAUGGCGAUAUUCGAGUGACACACACUGGAGUGUUGCAAGGGACAUUCCCGAACACUCUCUACGGUAGUCCACAGGCCCCCGGUAGGGCUAUGGCCUAUCCGGCAAGCAACCUCUAUUAUGACAUAAUCACUUCGCAGCAGCAGCAACACCAACAGCUGAUGGAUUCUCAUUCGCCCAAGAUCAGCGGUGAUUCUCCACCUUGUGCGACGCGCGGCCAAUCGCCGGACCAUCACCAACUUACCUCGCCACACAUCGUCACUCUGGGCAGUCCAUCGACCAGUCCGAACGAAUCCAAAAUUAUGUUGGACAAUGGUCCUGCGCGAAACUGAACUGAAUCUCCUCUGAAUUGUCGUGGUGUCUUUUUCGUAUGUGUCAAUUUUUUUUUCUUUUUUGUGUGUGAAUGUAUUAAAUGCGUGAGUCAAAAAUCCAAUAUGUUAUAAUCUGUACUCGGAAGUGUACAUAAUGUAGGAUAGUCCCGAUCGAUAGUGCUACGGUCAAAUUUGUAGAUAAUUUUCUAGUGUGAAUUUUUCAAAAGUACAAGAGUCUUGAAAUAAAAUUGCGGUCUGAUUACGAUGAGUACGUCGUGUACUGUGAACGUCACUAGGAAAUGUGUAACGACCGUACCUGUAACAAAGAGGGAAAGAACCAAAUAAUCGUGAUAUCUAUCAAACGGAUAUUCCUUGCGUUACGACGUAUAAUCAUGGGACCCUUUGUUGUGAUAUGCGAAUCAUAGUAGUUUUCCGACGAAGGAAUUUUGGGACUUUUUAGUUAACGCGAAAUCAUCGAGUUCGAUUUAAUUCUUUCCAUCUUAGCUUUAUUCUAUAUUUAUGUACAUUUUAUUAUUUCAUCUGUAAUAUCUUUGUAGCACUACACAUUUUAUCAUUUAUAGACUCUAGUAUUUUAUUUUGUUUGUUAUUGGUCGUAAUGCUACUAAGUAAACAACGUAUAUUUAUCAUGAGUGGACGAGCGCGAGAGAUGACAAUAGAAAAUUGUCAUUUCUUAAAAAUUUAGAAUGUUAUGGUGCACUCUUUGCGGUUUGAGAUACGUCUGUUUUGCGUUGGUUUCAUUAUCGUUCAACGUUGUUAGUUAUAUCUCUUAUAUCGUUAUAUGUCUUAUAUUUUUCAACCAAAGAAUCUUUUAACCAAAGAAUCCAUGAUGAAUAUACGUUGCUGUAGAUUUCUUUUUUUUUAAUGAUAUUUGUGUAAUUGUAGGAUAUGUCAACAAUAUGAGCGCGUACAUACGCGGACGCACGUGUAAAUCGGUAAAAUAUACGAUUGUUUUUUCAAAACUGCUCAUAUUGUGUAUGAACGUUGGAAUAUUUCUACUGAAGAAAAUGUAAUCGUGACAAAUUUCAUUUCUGAUAUCAUAUUAUUUAAACAACACGUUCAGCAUCAAUUUAUGUUAUUCAAAUAAGUAAAAUUAUUAGUAACAAUACAACUAAUAACAAAUAAUGACCUUGCGUGAGAGCGAUUAAGAUAGAUAAUUGGUAAUACUAGUAGUAAUAAGUUAGCACUAUGUCCAUUAUACGAGCAAACAUAUCUGACGGCUAUGCAUAUAUAUUUUUUCUAUUUUAUUUUGCGAUAAUGCGUCACGGUGAAUUUUAAUCUAACUAAAAAAAAAAUAUAUAUAUAUAUAUUCAAAUAAAAGAUGGCAAAUUAUAUCAGUAUGUCCUGCUCUGAUAUAUAGCAUAAAUUACUUUUUUUCUAUACGGAUUAGUUAUUUUAUAAAAUGAUUAUCUCUUUUAUAUAAUUUAAAAAAUGAUUAUAAAAUAAUUGUAAAAUUAUUGCCUUUUUGACCCGAAUUACCGGCAAACUUAUCUAUGUAAAUUUUAACAUUUAACAUUUAAGUAUCAGUUAGAAUAAGGUUCACCAGCAUGUUGCAUUUCGCCGACAAAUAUGUCAUUAUGUUUUACAUAAUAUAUUUUUAGUGUUGUACCGAAAUACAACGGUUAUUUUUAAAUAAAAAGGGAUCUAAGAUUGUA